UCCAUGACCAAAUUCGUGCACGCCGGCGGACCCGAACGCAUCGUCGACGCCGCAGGCCCCGCCAUCAAGCCUGGCGCUUCAGUGCUGGAUCUCGCCACAGGCACGGGGAAAGUGGCUUUGGUGGCGGCCGCGAAAGUCGGUGAAAAAGGCCGCGUCCUGGGCAUCGACAUCUCGGACGAGUUUCUGAAGCUCGCGAAGAAAACCGCGGACGAGGCGGGGAUGGGCGAUAGAGUCGAGUUUCUGCAGCGGGAUGUGGGGGCCUUGGAUAUGCCGGUGGAGUAUGGCAGGAGGUGGGCGGAUGCGGUGACGUGUGGGAGUGCGAUUGCGAUGUUUGCUGAGCCCGGGAAGCUGUUGGAUACGCUGGCCCGCGACGUCAUGAAGCCCGGCGGCGUCUUCGUGGCGGAUAUGUGGGCGAUGCACCUCCCAGCGAAAAUAUUCCUUGACGUUGCUGUCCCACGGGGUUUCGAGGCACCGUUUGAUGCAUUAUGGAUGGCUGAUACGGAAACAGCGUUUCAGAGGCUUUUCGAGGGGACACAAUUUAAUCUGGUGAAGUUAGAGAAAAUGGGGGAGAGCAUGGCGAGGUGGGAAGCAGGGAGUGAGGAGAAGAUGGAGGCACUGUGGAAGAACCUGGCCGAGGAUCAGACAUGGCUGAGUUUUGGGUUGGAGAGGUUGGAUGCGGGCAGGGUGGAGGAGAUCAAAAGGGCGUGGGUGAAAGAGAUCGAGGCGUGUAGGAAUGAUGAGGGUGUUGUGGUAAAGGAGAUGAAGCAGUGGAUUGCUGUUGCUGUUGUGAAGGAGUAGUG